AUGAUGCACGAAGAGCAAGAAGCAGAAAUAACGACUGAAUAAUUGCAAUCAUUGAAGAUGUGCAAAAUCUUCAAAGACCACCAAAAAGAUAUAAAUGCUAUCGAUUUUUCAAAAGAUGGAUAAUAUUUGGUCUCUUGUGAUGAUUAAGCUCUUAACGUGUAUGAUGUUCAUUAAGGAAAAAAAAUGAGAACACUCUAUAAUAAGGUGAAGGAAAUAGAUCUUGUGAGAUUUACACAUCAUAAUUCAUGUGUUUUAUGUGUUACAAAAAAAGAGCCUUAUGAUAUCUACUAUUGGUCACUACACGAUAAUUAAAUAUUGAAAAAGUUCACUGGACACACUAAUAUAAUACAUUGGUUAGAUUUAUCUCCUGUCUCAGAUGAUUUUUUAAGUUGUAGUAUGGAUGGAACAUUAAGAUUGUGGAAUUUAGCAUCAGAAUACUAAACAUCCGAUGGCUUAUUAGAUUUAUCUGCUAAAAAAACAUUUUGUGUAGCUGCAUUUGAUCCAUCAGGAUAAGUAUUUGCAGUAGUGUUUUUGGAAUAAUAUUAUUGUAUAUCAAAUAAUUGGUUAUACUUAUAUGAUUUUAAAAAAUAUCAUUCUGGAUCAUUUUAAUCCAAAAAGAUUAAUUGUAGUUAAGUAAAGUGUAUUAAGUUUAGUAAUAACAACAAAUAUAUUUUAUGUUCUACUGGAGAUGGCACAAUACUUAUUUUAGAUGCUUAUACAUUAGAUACAAUUUGUGAAUUAAGUGAUUUUAACAACCAGGGAUCCAUGAUAGAGGCUGGUUUUACUCCUGAUUGCAAUUACGUAAUAAGUGGAAGUGAAACAGGAACUAUUCAUAUUUGGAGUCUUCCAAAUGGAAAUUAAAUAGCAAAAUUAGAUGGACAUCAAAAAAGAUGUAAAGUUGUUAAAUUCUGUCCUACUCACUUUUUGAUGGCUAGUGGCUGUAGAAAUUUAGUACUUUGGAUUCCUGAUUAAUUUUCUGUUGAUAGCAUGAAUAACAACAAUAGUAGAAGAAGUUUAAUGAGCAUCUGA